AUUGAAGCCUGCCGAGGGUUUGACCGAACUCUUUCUACCGGUGUCUAUUCCCGGCCGCACGUUACGUAACUGCACAUUGGAGCCACCGCCAGAAUUGCGGUUCAAUUUUUGCGACAUGGAAGACUACGAGUUCCUAAACCGCUUGGUGGUCAAGGAA